ACCUCUGUGUAACCAAUGUAGAACAGGCUUCAUACAGACAGAAUUGUUUACAAACGGAGGAAGCUACACUAACAAAUCUGCUAGCUAAAGUCAACGUUACGUUUUCAGUAUAGCCAACGCCCUAGCUUAUUAGCCAUGGGGAAGUCGUUUGCAAAUUUCAUGUGCAAGAAAGAUUUUCAUCCUGCGUCGAAGUCAAAUAUAAAAAAGGUAUGGAUAGCGGAGCAGAAACUGACUUUCGAGAAGAAAAAGCAAGAAGAACUUAUGCAAGCAUACCUGAAAGAGCAGGACACGUACAACAACAGGCUGUUGAUGGGGGAUGAUCGUGUUAAAAAUGGCCUCAAUUUCAUGUACGAGGCUCCACCUGGGGCAUCCAAAGAGGAACAGAAAGAGGAGGGGGAAGAAGAGUACAAAUUUGAGUGGCAGAAGGUGGCUCCUCGAGAGAAGUAUGCAAAGGAUGACAUGAAUAUUCGAGAUCAGCCAUUUGGAAUCCAGGUGCGAAACGUAAGAUGCAUCAAAUGUCACAAAUGGGGCCAUGUGAACACAGACAGAGAGUGUCCUCUCUAUGGGCUGUCGGGCAUCAACGCCAGCUCUGUGGCCUCAGAGGAGACAGCAGGUCCGUCGAUGCACCCCUCGGAGUUAAUGGCAGAGAUGCGAAACAGUGGAUUUGCUCUGAAAAAAUGUGUCCUUGAUAGGAAUGAUACAGUUGGUGAUCCAUCACAGGAAUACGUUGCCAGCGAUGAAGAGGACGAUCCCGAGGUGGAAUUUCUGAAGUCAUUAACGACCAAGCAAAAGCAGAAGCUCCUCAGAAAACUUGAUCGCCUGGAAAAGCAGAAGGCCAAGAAAAAGAAGAGCAAAAAACAGAAGAAGAAAAGCAAAAGAAAACACAAGAAAAAGCAUGAAAGUAGUGACAGCUCAAGUGACCCCUCCAACAGCAGCAGCGGCGAUAGUGGCUCAGACUCAGACAGCCAUGGCAAGUUCAAGAGCCAAAAACGAAAGAAGAAUAAGAAAAAAGAUUCCUGUCGAGAUAACAGCUCUGAGAGUGAGCGACGAGUCAAGAGUCAGAAAAAGGCCUCUUCUCACAGGAGCCGGUCACUGAGCCCUCACGCUGGACAGAAGCGGCCUGAAGAGGAGUCCAGAGAUUAUACACAAACAAGGACAAAGAGGGGAAGGAGCAGGAGUCGAAAUCACAGCCCGGAGAACAAGACAAAGCCGGAGGGAGGUCAAGAGAGAAAGAGGCACGACAGCAGGGACAGGCAGAGACAUGGCUGCCCCAAGUCUGGCAUGUACAGAAGUAGGAGCCGUGAAAGAGGCAGGGAGGACAGAGGUAAAGACAGGCAGCACAGCAGAGAUGGUGAGAGGAACAGAAGUCACACAGACGGAAGGAACAGCAGAUGGGAGGAGCAGAAGCAGGGAGAAGAGGAAAGAAGGGGAGGACAGAGGAAGAAGUAGGAGCAGAGAUAGAAGUCAAAAUCGAGCUAAAAGAAAGCCCUGACUCUUUUUACACUGUCUUUUCCCUCACACAACAUAGAGCAAACAUAAAAUGUUCUGAAUGUUUUUGCAAUAUCAGUUAAGUCUUGGUAAUCACAGACUCCCUCUAUUUAAAAUCAAAUUGCAGGUAUUGUGCACUAGUUUCCUUUUCCUCCAGUAGAGGGAAGCAGCACACACAAAAUAGCUAGAUGCAGCUCAUUGCUCUUUUGUGUUGUCUUGUACUAUAUGAAAAGGUCUGAUUUAAUUGAUUACCAUUGGAAGCAAUUUGCAGCUAUGAUUCGUUGAUGAGAAGAUAUUGGAUUCAUUUUCAUGGUCAGCUGGGUGCUGUAUAUUUCUGCUCCUGCGGUUUUUAUCCUUAUUUCAUUAUUGUGUCUUUUUAGAGAUAUUGACAUUGUAGACUGUAGUGCUUAGAUGGCUGUUAAUUCCUGAUAAAAAAAAACGGCUUUUUUCCUGAUUAAAUUUAUGUUUAUGUGUUUAUUUGUGAUGGAUGAAAUGAAGGAUGACAGAUCUGUUGGCAGAUGAAGACGUGACCAUGUCUGUUGCUUCACUGCUGUUAGUGUAUUCCCACUGAGGGCUAAAUUGUCUGGACACCUGGUGGCAAAUAUUACGCUUUUGCGCAUAAUAUUUUUAUUGUCAGGCCGGUUUUCCUGAGGAACGUGACAAAAUGUGAGUUUUCCCUAAA